UCUCCACCCUCCUCAACCGCUCCAUCCAUCCCUCUCCCCUCUCAGCUCUCUCGCUGUGAAAGCCUUUUUUUCUCCCUCUACCCACUGUGCCAGAUAGGAGAGUGGUGAAGGAGCCGAAAGAAGAGUUGGAGGACAGGAUUUGCCGUUCGGAAGAGAGAAGAAGGGGAGAGGGACCAUGGCUACUCUCUCUGCCUUGCUGAAGACCUGGAUAAUCCUGCAAACCCUGUGCCUGGCUUUUGCCCAAGUGAGGGGUCCACCUGGACCUCAGGGCCUACCAGGUCCUCCAGGCACUCCAGGCUCAGACGGCAUUGAUGGAGAUAAAGGACCUCCUGGCCCCACUGGUCCAGUAGGACAAAAAGGAGAGCCAGGAGAGCCCGGCCCUGACGGACCUCCCGGAAAGAACGGCAUUGAUGGUUUGAUUGGGGCAAAAGGUGACCGCGGACCAGUUGGUAACCCUGGCCCAAAGGGUCAGCCAGGUCCAAGUGGUGAGCCUGGACGUCCAGGAGUCGGUCUACCAGGUCUGGCUGGUGCACCAGGGCCAAUUGGCCUUCCAGGUCAAAUUGGACCACCUGGACCAAAGGGUGUUUUGGGACCACCAGGUGCUCCUGGACUCCCUGGACCUCCAGGCAAGCCAGGUCCCCCAGGGAAGUUUAUUGGUCUUGACGAAGGCAGUGCAGACUUGCAGUGUCCUCUCAACUGCCCAGCAGGACCUAAAGGCCCCCAGGGACUGCAGGGUGUGAAAGGACACAAAGGACGCGCUGGUGCUCUUGGAGAUCCUGGCAGCAUAGGGCAACUGGGACCUAAGGGAGAUAUUGGUAUUUCCGGGGAACAGGGCAUCCCAGGACCCCCGGGUCCAAUCGGUUUGAGGGGCUAUCCAGGAAUGAUGGGUCCUAAAGGAGAGGCAGGUCCGCGUGGAUACAAGGGCAUUGUAGGACCUGUAGGAAUUCCUGGACCUCCUGGAGAGGAGGGACCCCAGGGGGCACUUGGAGACUCAGGAGAAAAAGGAGACAAAGGCGGGCGAGGAAUCCAGGGUCCACAGGGGGCAGUUGGCAAAAAGGGGGAGAAUGGUCUUCCAGGUAUUGAUGGAAAAGAUGGAACACCAGGCAUUCCUGGAAUCAAGGGUUCUCCUGGCCAACCCGGAAUGCCUGGCCCCCCUGGUCCUCAGGGGACAGCAGGCUUACCUGGUACACCAGGGGCAAAGGGAGAACCUGGAGUAAAGGGGGAAACUGGACCGAGAGGUCCUGUUGGCAUGCCUGGUACACCUGGUCCUUUGGGUGAACCAGGUAUUCCUGGAGAGCCAGGUAUGGCAGGAGUCCCUGGACCUAAGGGUGACAGAGGAGAGCGGGGACCAGUAGGAUCACAGGGACCAGUUGGCAAGCCUGGAAGCAAAGGAGAAAGAGGGCCAAUUGGUAUCCCUGGUCCACAGGGACUUACUGGAACUAAGGGUGAUCGGGGGUUUCAAGGAAAAGUUGGUCCAAAGGGAGAUGUGGGCGACCCAGGCGUUGAGGGAUUGGCUGGUGAGAAGGGUGAAAAGGGUUUGUCUGGUGAGCCUGGGCCCAAAGGACAGCAAGGAAUUAGGGGAGACACUGGACACAAUGGACCCACUGGAGACCCUGGUAAACCAGGGGACCCCGGACCCCCUGGACUGCCAGGUCCAAGGGGACUUAAUGGAGAGAGAGGAGUACCCGGCAUGCCAGGAAUUGAAGGACCAGCUGGCCGUGACCCAUCUGACCAACAUAUUAUUGAAGUGGUGCUGAAGAUGUUGCAGGAGAGGCUCCAAGCAGUAACAGUAAGUUCCAAGAGGGCUGUGCUUGGUGGUGCGGGUGUAAUGGGUCCUCCUGGGCCCCCUGGGCCACCAGGAGCACCUGGUCCUCAGGGGCCACAUGGCCUACCUGGCCCCCGUGGUAUUCCUGGCAUGAUUGGAGGACCUGGGCAGAUUGGAAACACGGGUCUAAAAGGAAAGAGAGGGCCAAAAGGACAGAGAGGAGAUCCAGGUAAACCUCACCCAGGUCAACCAGGACCUCCUGGGAUACAAGGUCCUCCUGGUGUUGAUGGUGUUGCUCGAAAUGGUAGGCAUGGUGAAAGAGGACCUCAGGGAGCAGCAGGCGAGCCAGGUCGUCCCGGUAAAGCAGGGCCCCCGGGUCUCCCUGGGUUCUGCGAAGCGGCAAUGUGUCUGGCUGCAUCAGCAUACACCUCACCAAGAUUACAAGAGGCAGGGACGAUCAAAGGACCCAAUUUUUAGAGAACCCUCUCUCUAAAUCAACUGCUGGGGAGGGAGUGAAAGAGGAAAAAAAGUGACUGCUCUCCUUAGUUGGACAAUAUCGGGAAAAGAGAGUUCGGGGGCAAUGAUAGUGACUGGAUGUUAAGGCCCCCCCGACUCUACUGAAUAUUAGAAUUUGAAGUUUUUGCCUGUGGGAUGUCAAGAUCUUAAUCCCACAUGUCACCAUGACAACAGCAGUUCACAGCCACCCACAUAUUUAAGAAGUCUCCAGUGUUUUUGGAUGAUGUCACUGUCAGAGCCAUCCAAAUACCAUAUUCCUUUUCUAGCAGUGAGAAGGGAUCAGAUUCAAGCUAAAACUUUAUAUUUCUUUCUACCACACUAUAUAGGCUGGGGGAUGUUGUGAGAUGCACAAUUUUGCAAAAAUAAAUAA